AUGGCAGAGUCAAUCGCGCGCCGCGGUGACAGCACAUCGGUGUGGAUGCGGCGGCGGGCGAUGAUGGCGCACCUGCUGAUGCUCCUCUUGCUGGUGCCGCCGGCGUGCCGGGCGCAGGUCUGGAAUUCCUCCAUGAACCGGGGCUUCGCGAUCGGCACAAACGACUCAUGUGGCGAGAGCAAGUUUCCCGACGAUCCUGACUUUCGUAUCGUGGGUGGGCGAGAAGCCAACAAGGAUGAAUGGCCGUGGCAGGUGUCGGUGCGUCUGACGCACCCGCAGGCCGGCAAGAUUGGCCACUGGUGCGGCGGCGUUUUGCUCAACAAGCGGUGGAUACUUACAGCAGCCCACUGCAUCGUAAACCCGCUGUUCGUGCUCCCGCAGCCGGUGUUCUGGAAGGUCCGGCUGGGCGAGUACCGCCAGAAGCUGACCGAGGGCAGCGAGCUGACGGUGCCGGUGUCGCACGUGUACCACUACCCUUGGUACUCCGGCUACGACCAGGACAUCGCGCUGAUGCGGCUAGCGCACGAGGUGCCGUACAGCGAGCACGUGCAGCCCGUGUGCCUGCCGGACGCCGACGACGAGUUCCAGGGACUGGUGUGCGCCGCCACCGGAUGGGGGAAAGUCGACUACAAUGCGCGGCCAUCGAACGUUCUUCAAGAGGUGUUUGUGAAGAUCUAUGACAACGGUGUGUGCGACGCCGCCUACAAGCCCAAGUUCAAGAUACCCAUCAAAAAGUGGCACUUGUGCGCCGGAACCCUGGUCGGUGGUCGAGGAACUUGUCACGGUGAUUCCGGAGGUCCCCUGCAGUGCAAGCUGUUUGGCCGAUGGCACUUGACAGGAAUAACAUCAUUCGGAUCUGGCUGCGCCAAGAAGGGCUUCCCGGACGUGUACACAAAAGUGGCGCACUACGUGGACUGGAUCAAGGAAGUCAUGCAGCGCCCCCACUAAGCAGUCAUCGAAAGUGUGAGCAACGCCGACCUGCAGGCAGCUUGUACACGUCAUGGAAGACACAUUUACGUCAUCCUGUGCCGCAUGGUGAAGCCGUUCGUUGACCAUCCUCGAAGGCCACGCUCUGCGACGGGGAGUGAAGGAGAGUCUGGGUAUAAGUGAACCUGGUGCCCAGGAUUCCCUUCCCCUUUUGUGAUCAACAGUCAGGACAGUAGGCUUCUUCGCCUAGUUUAUACAACAUGGGAGUGGU